AUGGCGACAAUACCUGAAACCAGUUUGGGAGCAUUCAUCAGACUGGCCCCGUCAGUCUAUCUCCAAGACCCGCCCAACCCGAGCGAAAAGGCGGAUAGGCCAGUGAUAUUCAUUGCUUUUUGGAUGAAUGCGCCCCCGCGCGCUUUAGCAAAGUAUGUGGUAGAGUACAGAGGGCUAGUACCAUCAGCGCGAAUUAUCUUCGUCAGAAGCUCAUCAAGUGACUUCAUCUGGCGUCUGAGGGCCCAGACCCGGAGAGCCCGCGUCACCCCAGCCGUGGAAGCAAUGCGCGGUCUAGUGACACCUGAGAAUCCAGUAUUUGUGCACUUGUUCUCGAAUGGGGGCAUGUCGAGCACAACACACCUAUUGCAAGCCUGGAAGAAUGCGACAGGGACCCCAUUGCCCAUGUCGGCAAUGAUUCUUGAUAGCGCACCGGGCAGUCCGAGCCUACGAGCAGGACUCAAGGCUUUCUCAUAUGCGCUUCCGCGGAUGUGGAUUUUGCGGCUGCUUGGCAAAAGCUUUAUUUUUGCUUUCUUGGUUCUUUUCAAGUUGAUCCAUUCGUUUUCUAUGUUUCCGGAUCCUAUAUCCCUUGCCCGGAGGCUCAUCAAUGAUACCUCUUUGGUACGAGCGGCUAACUCGGACGGAACUCUCCGUCGUUGCUAUAUAUACUCAGAUACGGAUGAGUUAGUGGACUGGCGCGAUGUGGAAUCUCAUGCGGUAAACGCCGAGGCUGAGGGUUGGGCGGUGCGCCGUGAAGUGUUCAAGAACUCCCCUCAUGUUGGACAUAUGAGAGUCGAGCCUGAUCGGUAUUGGGGCAUUGUUCGAGGGUACUUGGGAGCUUUGAUGUCGGUGUGA